AUGGUAACUCCUCAAGACAAGCCCUUGAAGAAGAUGAAGUUUGUUUCAUCUGCUGAGAAAGAACCAAGCAGCACGACAACAAUUUCUGAGGAUUCAAAGUCAGGUCGAGGUAUGAGCACAAUGCCUCGUGUUGUGAAGAGAAAAUUGCAGAAAAUCAAGCCAGUUGUUGAGUACAAUAAAAGGGGGAAAGGAUGUGGCCCUGCACAUACUGAGAUGCAGUCCUACAUUGGUGUGUUGGCACGCUCCAGAGUCCCACUUGUGGACAAGAAAUGGGCUGACAUCCCCAAUGAUAUAAAGGAGCAGAUUUGGGAAGCCGUUGACAUGGCUUUUGUGGUAGGUCAAGGGGGCAAGACCUCGGUGUUAUCUUCUGCUGCCAAGAAAUGGAAGGAUUUCAAGUCUACACUGACGAGGCAUUAUAUCCUUCCAUACAUCAAGGAGAGGGAGAAAUUAAGCCAACCCCCUGAAGUAUAUAAAUUCAUAGAGAAAGCAGAAUGGGAUGCCUUUGUAGCUUCAAGGUUAUCCAAAGACUUUGAGUCUGUGCAUUCUCAACAUGCACAGAUUAGGGAGAAACUUGAGUACAAUCAUCGAUUGUCUCGAAAAGGAUAUGCUGGUUUGGAGGAUCAAUUGGAGGAAACCAUGCCUGGGGUAGAAAUUGAUCGAUCUACCUUAUGGAAGAAAGCUAGACAGGACAAACAUGGUAACAUCCCGGAUCCAAAGGUGGCAGAGAAAGCAAAAUUAAUUGAUGAAUUGCAAAAACAAGUGGCUGAAGGCAGUCUGAGUAUAACUGGCAGUAAUGAUGUGUUGACCUUGGCUUUGGGUCCCGAGCAUCCAGGGAGAGUAAGAGGGGUAGGUGCUGGGAUUUCCCCUAGGCAAUUCUUCAAUUUACCUAGACCACAAAGGGUAAAGUUUGCUGAUCAAUUGAAGGAAAGUGUAAGAAUUGUCCUUCAAGAAGAGACUAAGAAGAUGGAAGCUAGAACCAAACAAUUAGUAGAGGCUGAGAGGGAACAUUUACUAAGUCAGCUUUCCCACCUCAUCCCCAAUUUUGAUCCAAGCAUGCUUAAACCGAAAACUAGCCCCGUCAAAACCAAGGAUGAUACUGCCAGAAAUGGGGAACAGCAGGAACAAACGGGUGAUGAAGUAGUUGAUUAUUCAAAUGUGGAGGUGCCAUCUUCCUUACAAUCCCUUUGUGAUCGAAGUACCUUCGUCUUGCAUGAAGAUAUUACACAGUUUGCAGGCAUGGAAGAAAUUGGGGCUACUGUGGUUGCAGUAUAUAUGAGGUGCUUAUAUGAUCUUUUGAGAGAAGCAAAUAUGUGCAGCAUGGUUGGCUUUAUCGACCCUGCUCAAGUUAGUGCCAACGCUGGGUCACUAACUGACAGAUCACGAAUUGUAGCCAGUCGACUUCAGAAAACAGAUGGUGAACAGAUUUUCAUGAUGCCUUACAAUCCAGGCCGUCAUUGGGUCUUGCUGAUUGUGAGGGCAAAGAGGGAAACCGUCUAUUUUCUGGAUCCUCUGCCUGGAAAUCGUGUGGUGGAUGAGGAGGGCAAAAACAUCGUGAACAGUGCUUUAAAAAUUUAUAAUUCCCACAUAGGCAGACCAGGCCGUAAAGCACCAAUUUGGAAAACUCUGCCAGGCACACCAAAGCAACCCAGCAGUGUCGAAUGCGGGUAUUAUGUCAUGCGCUUCAUGAGGGACAUCAUCAUGGAUCCUUCCUUGGAGUUUGAGAAGAAGUUUGCCAAGGGAAAAGAUCAAGCGCCAUACCCCCAAGCAGCCAUUGAUGAAGUCAGGAAAGAAUGGGCAGAGUUUGUUUGCCUUCAUAUGGAUUAG